GAAUAUGUAAAGACUGACUAAACGCCCAUGACCGUGCCUCCUCCUCCAGUCCUCUUCCACCUACUCUUUUCUCGUCUCUUCCUCCUCUACUUUCCAUGGCCAAGAUUCUACCAGAAUAAUCCUCCCCUUUUCACUUCAAACGCACUCUUUCCCCACUUGCUCAAUCCUUUCUGUUUUUCUGUCAAGUCAUGACUUCCUCUUACUGUUUAUCUUCUGCUAGAAACAGGGCCACUACACCAGCUGAAGCCUUCUUAGUUCACAAUUCUCAUCUUUACCUUCCCACGUACAGGCACCGUCUCUUCUCCAGUGAACCUAAAAGAGACCCUCUUAUUCUCAAGCCUCGGCAACGGCUGCUUAAAUCUUCUUUUUCAUUUUUAGGGAGGAAAAAUUGUAGCUCUGUACACCCUUUUGCGGCCUUAUCGUCUUUUGCUGAAGCUGAAGAUCAUAAAGGUGGAGAUAUAGAAUCUGAAAGGCAACAUGAAGUUGAUGAUGCAAGCACGGAUGUUGAAUUGCCAGGCAUGGCGCAGGCCUUCCAUAUGUCCUCAACUACAGCUGCUGCUGUUACCAUAUGCAUAGCAGUUGCUGCUCUUACUUUUCCCUUUUUCAUGAAGUCACUGACUCGGACUGCUGGAUUGAAGGCUAAGGUUUUGACAUAUGCUACAUUACUCUCCGGUUUUUACAUGGCCUGGAACAUUGGAGCCAAUGAUGUUGCUAAUGCCAUGGGGACUUCAGUUGGUUCAGGAGCUUUAUCCCUCAUGCAAGCUGUACUGAUUGCUGCAGUUCUGGAAUUCUCGGGUGCAUUGCUGAUGGGAACACAUGUAACCAGUACAAUGCAGAAGGGAAUUCUGGUUGCCAGUGUUUUCGAUGGAAAGGCUACUUUGCUUUUCGCAGGGCUGCUAUCUUCUUUGGCUGCUGCUGGCACUUGGUUGCAGGUUGCAUCUUACUAUGGUUGGCCUGUUUCAACCACUCAUUGCAUUGUAGGGUCGAUGGUUGGGUUUGGUCUCGUGUAUGGGGGAACUGGUGCUGUCUUUUGGAGUUCAUUGGCAAGAGUAACUUCGUCGUGGGUGAUCUCACCUUUAAUGGGAGCAAUGGUGUCAUUUGUUGUCUAUAAAUGCAUCCGCAGGUUUGUUUACAGUGCUCCGAACCCAGGACAAGCUGCAGCUGCAGCUGCACCGAUUGCUGUAUUUGUCGGUGUGACUGGAAUCUCUUUUGCAGCCUUCCCUCUUAGUAAGCAAUUCCCUUUAGCUGUCCUCCAGGCUUUAGCUUGUGGUACUGCUGGAGCGUUUAUCGUAUACAGAAUUAUUCAAAAGCAACUUGGUCACCUGUUGGUCAAGUCUAAUUCGGGAGAGGGAGAGCCAAAGGAAGAGAUAAUCCACACCAAAAAUGUUGGAUUUCUUUCUGACUUUGCUGGUCCAAAGGGUACCCAGCUACAACUGGUGUAUGGAGUCUUUGGCUACAUGCAAGUGCUGUCUGCCUGUUUCAUGUCAUUUGCUCACGGUGGAAAUGAUGUCUCCAAUGCAAUAGGUCCCUUGGCUGCAGCAUUAUCCAUUCUUCAGGGGGGUGUAAGUGGAGCAGAAAUUGUUAUUCCUAAUCACAUUCUAGCAUGGGGUGGCUUUGGGAUUGUUGCAGGGCUCACGAUGUGGGGUUAUAGAGUCAUUGCAACAAUUGGGAAGAAGAUUACAGAAUUAACACCAACACGAGGAUUUGCAGCAGAGUUUGCAGCUGCAUCCGUGGUUUUGUUUGCAUCUAAACUAGGUUUACCAAUCUCAGCCACCCACACUCUAGUGGGCGCAGUCAUGGGGGUGGGGUUUGCUCGGGGACUUAACAGUGUGAGGGCAGAAACAGUGAGGGAGAUUGUGACUUCUUGGGCUGUGACAAUUCCUGCUGGAGCAAUCUUUGCAGUAAUCUACACGUGGAUCUUGACUAAAUUGUUUGCAUACAUACUUUGAGUGUGCAUUACGAGCGUAAUGCAAGCUUCAAGAAUGGGAUAAACAAUUGAUCUUUUAAAGUGAUUGUAGAACAAGUAGAUUUUUUUUGGAACUUUGCCUGACUUGUUCGAGUGGAGCAAUAUUUAAGCUCCAGGCGAGGAUAUAUAUAUAUAUAUAUAUAUAUGCGAGACUUUCUUGUCCAAAUUUGAAACCUCUUCCUGUCCUCAUCCCUCAAAUUUCAUGGUAAAACUCUUAUGCAGUAUACAUCACAUGCCUCGUGUUGUACUCACGCCCAUCUAUUGUAAUCUCAUUUCUCGUGUAAUAAGUCAAGCUAUGAUAAUGGAAGUUUAUCCAGCAAACAGAUGCUAUUAGCUGCU